AAUGAUUUCACUUUUCCCAAGUUCUUUUUUUUCCGUUUUUUACCCGUGACAGAAGUGAGAGUCUUCAUGUUCCAGACUCUCGUCCUCGAAGCAUUCCGGUUGUAGGUCCACCCGAAAUAUCUUCGUGGACUUUACAUUCUCUUUCUUGCUUGGCGCACAGCCCAGGAUGUGACGGCAAUCAUGACCGGCAAUCUGGGACGCAGGCUGUACGCCAGCUUCUGGGAAACAGCGAACCCGCUGUUCGUUCGCAGCCUACGAGUGAAUCGCGUCCCUUCUUUGGCUGACGUAGCGGACUCAAAAAGGCUUGUCAAUGAUGUAUUUGUCAAAGGAUAUACGAGAAGGAUGUCCUCUUCGUCAACCGGCAAAACAAGACAGAUCACGAGACGGUUUGCUUCCGGUGGCUUCCUCAUACUCGGCGCUUCUCCAAGUUCGGCAGUAGAAACUGGGACGACAUGCGCAAUGGUACCGGAAAAUAUAAUAUGUCACGCUAGUCAUCAUCACUUCGAUAGAUUACUUUUCCACAAUCUCGCAAGGAGUGCAUGGCGACGGGGUCUACAUACAAUGAACGGCGGUCAGUCGAGGGUAGAAACACCCAAAGAUCCACGGAAACCAGAUGAUGAUAUCGUGUCUUCCCGGAAUUUCAGACAGACAGAGAGCCAUGAUACUCAAGAUUUUAAGAUCAAGAACUCAAUACCGGAUCAGAGUAUAUCGGACUUACCGAAUCGCCACCUGAUCAAUCGAUUGCCGCACAUACCACAGUUGCAUCGUCCGACGAAGGAAGAACUUCUAGCUGCUGCAACCGGGUUUUGGUCGCGUUUGAAAAUACGAUUUAAAUGGUUCUCAAUUCGAAGCGUUCGCCCUUUCAAUCUGGAUGAGAUAGCCGCGCUAUUUUCGUGGGUACUUCUGGGCCACCUUGUCUGGGUCGUAUUGGGAACUACAACAUUCUUUUCCUUGGUGAUUCUUGCGAUUAAUACUGUCUUUGCUCAGGAAACUUUAGCUGGAUGGGUAGGUAAUUACCUUACGAAAUCAUCCGGUGUAAAGGUUGUCUUCGAAUCUGCGAUUGUACCCAAAUGGAAAAAUGGAGUCAUUACGUUCAAAAAUGUUUUCGUCUCAAGGCGACCUGGCCAAGGGGCAGGAAAUGUAAGUAAAGGAUCUUCCAAAACUGCUGCGGCUGCAGCCGCAGCCGCAGCCUUGAGCGAUCAGCCUGCUCGAGAUGCGUCGGGGCAACGAUCAGCUUCCGAUGAGGAGGAAGAUACAAACUAUACUCAAUUUGAUUUGUCGAUUGAUUCGGUGAAUGUUACAUUAUCGUUCACGAAAUGGAUUAACGGGAAGGGGCUACUUCGUGAUGUCGAAGUAAAGGGCAUCCGCGGAGUUGUGGACCGUCGACAGGUCCGUUGGUUAGAUGAUGACAUAGAUCCCAAAUCCUAUCGCCACGAACAUAACCCUGGAGACUUCGAAAUCGAUUCCUUCAAAAUGCACGAUGUGCUGGUCACCAUUUAUCAACCCGAUGACUUCAGACCGUUCUCUGUUAGCAUAUUCUCGUGCGAUCUUCCCCAGCUGAGGAAGCAGUGGUUAUUCUAUGACUUUCUCUCAGCCAAUAUGGUGUCCGGGUCGGUCGAUAACUCGCUGUUCACUAUUCACCCCCGGCAAACCCACAGUUUUACUGGUGAACAGUUAGUUGAUGGAACUGGGGAGGAUGGAAAGCCGAAUCCUUGGAAGAAACACAGCAGAAUACGCGUCGAUGGUUUAAAUAUUGAUCAUCUGAACCGUGGAGUACAAGGCCCGUUUUCAUGGAUACAUGAGGGAACGGUCGAUAUAGUUGCCGACAUCAUGCUUCCUGCUGACAAUGAUGAAAGCCUUGCGAAAGUGAUGGCUAGUUUCUAUGAUCGGCUGGAAGCGACGGUGACAUCCAACCAGCAGCCGAUGACUCUACCGCAACAGCAGAGUGAGCUGGAGGAGGUUUUAGACGAAGAUAAACGGUUCUUGGUUAUGGAUCUUCGUCUUAAUCUCAAUAAUGUCAGGGCAGCGGUCCCGCUCUUUACCCGGGAUCUUUCCUAUAUGAACAAUGCCCUUAUCCGCCCGAUCGUUGCGUAUAUCAAUUCAAGACGCACUUUUAUACCGAUAAAUUGCCGCCUGGCCAAGCGGGUUAGUGAUUUCAACGGCAGCUGGACAAUCUUUGACAGCGGCUUGAUGGAUGAUCUCUCAGCGGUAACAUACGAUGCAUUUGCACGAGACGUGAUGGACGAGCAAGCGCGCAAACGACGCUUUAAGAAAGUCGGAUUCUGGUCACUGCAGUUGGCUGCGCAGGCCAUUUUCAUGGGAAUGGCGGGGAAUAUAAUAGCAUGACCAUUGUAGUUCUAGAUGGCUUUGGCACUUUGCGGGCUUUUCAUGAUUCUGAUGCGGAAAAGGCGUUGGAGAAAGGGGCGGGUUCGUUCUUCUGUUUUCGACUUUUUCUAUGAAGAGAAAAGGAACUGAAAAGGUAAUGGAUAGGGCAAAGUUUCCUUAUGAAUUUUUUUCUUCUCUUCUACGAAGGGCAUGUACUAUGAAGCUAUUAUUAUUUUAUUAAGCGUAUGGAGUAGUUAUAUAGGUCAGCAGCAUAUAAGCGAAAAUCUUCCUCGCUCCUUAAGAGUUAACGAACCUUUGUG